UUACUCUGUUUCUGAGACAAAGAGAAGCUGCUACCGCAUUAAUCUUUCUUCUUUCAUGUUGUUUGUUGUCUACAGAUUUGAUUGUGAUGAUCACAUAUUAAUGGAUAUUAAUUUAUAAAAGCUGUGUAAAGUCCAAUUUAAUUUUUAUGGUGAUAGCAUUAUUGCUUCAAUUAAUUAAAAAUGUCGCGGGAGGAGUUUGUGUCACUAAUGCCAAAAGUAAUGGAUCUCAUAAGAAUCCCGAAGGGAGGAGACCGCGAAGGUAUGCAGACUCGAACAACGAGGGUUCCUCGUCGCUACUAUAAGCUUCAUGGCCGAGGGCAUAAUCAUGACACGUGUGAUUUGUGUAAUGGUGGAGGCGAGCUCAUAUGCUGUGACUCCUGUUCAGCGUCAUUUCAUCUAGUGUGCUGUUUCCCCCCUCUGGAGGACGAAAAAAUACCUGCUGGCGAGUGGACAUGCCAAAAAUGCACGGUUCAUAAGUUGAACAAAGGAAAAAAGAACACUAAGAAAGGCGCUUCAAAGAAGAACAAAAAGGAUGAGUUUCAGACUUUCAAAGUGGAACAGGCAUUGAUGAAAUACAUGCAAACGUUGCAGGCUACAAAUUCAACUGCUUUCAGCAUAGACAAACAUAAAACUGAUCUGAUCCCUAUGCCCGGAGAUGACAAGGCGCUCACGAAGGGUCGGAAGCGUAAGAAGCUGUUGAAUGAAAAGAGGAGAGGUCCAAAUGAUAGAGCCAAGUGCUUUUGGUGUGAUAAUCUAGAACUGUGCAAUAAAAUGAUGAAGUGCAAUUUUUGCAAUCUCUUCUUCCACCGCGACUGCUUUGAUGUGCCUUACACAUUUAUCUAUGGCAAGGAAACCCAGUGGAUAUGUCCAUUGCAUAUGGAAACCUACUUGGAUGAAAAGAUAAAUGUAGACGCGAGGGUUUCGCAAAGACUUGUGCUGAGAGAACGUUUUGGAGGUGCAAUCAAUGUUGAUGAAAUCGCAGAUAAAUUGUAUCGUAAAAUCGAGAAACCGGACUUUUUUGCACAAUUACGACUUAGAGGUUUAGAGGUGGACAAUUCAUCGAGUAUGCAACAGAUGAGACCGAUUGAAACGACGGUAUUAGAUGUAUACCGAAGUAGCUACAAGAAGCCUGGCAAAUCAAGCAUGACACUUCUUAUCGAUGCAGCGCAAAUCGUCGAGAAUAAAAGAAAAGUCUCCAAAGUGUUAAAAAACGCGGAUUUGGUUGAUGACGCGAGAAUCGUAGAGGCAGCGAAUAUGCUAUUGGAUCUAGCAGAAAUACAUCAAAGCGAAGAUCGAAGAUCUCAAGAGAAUGGAGACAAAGAAGAAGAAAUAAUCAAGAACAGGAUUGAAGAAGUCGACUUGUCUGAGCUGCACGAUGAGAAUAUCUUGGAUGUGGUGAAUGAUGACAACUAUACUGUAGUACUGGUAAAAACGGUUGAUGAUCAGUCUCCAGAUACAAAAAUGACUUCAGACGUGAUUAUUGUGAAAAUAGUGGGAGAUGACAUUGCAGCUGUUGAUCCUUCGAAUCCACCUCCUCGUCCUUCCAAAGGUGGAGUCCGACCAGAAGCAAAGUCGUCUCCAAGUGGGGACCCACGAGAUGAAAUACAUUCUAAAAAUGGGGACACAUUAAAAUCAACACCAGUUACAAGGCCGCCUAAACGUGAGCUCUCACCAAAUGCGAGAAUAUCUACAAGUGGAGUUCCACCUGCUAAAAAGCCUUCCACAAGUGGGUUGCCACCUUUCAAAGGGCAUCAAACAAUUAUGGUCCCACCAGCUGAAGGGCAUCCCAAAAGGGCUAAAAAACAUUCUACAAGUGGGGUCCUACCAGCUGAAGGACAUCCUAAAAGAGCUAAAAUACAUUCUGCAAGUGAGGUCCCAUCAGCUGAUGGGCAUUCUACAAGUGGGAUUUCGCCAUUUUUGUAUAGCAAGAGAAAGCGUGAAGAGCUCGAAGUAGACAUUCAAACAUUAUACUACAUCAGAUCCGCUCUCAAAGAUGUGGCAGCCAGGAUGCAGAUCAAUGAAGUCCAACAUCACAAGCUUACCGAAUUGCUGGACAGAGUCUUCAAGAGUUACAAUUAUUGUGAGCUGAGAAAGGAGAUGAAAGUUGCUUUUUCCAUGAAAAAAAUUCCGAGAGAUUGGACCGAUGAGAGGAUUGAAGACUUGAUCAGAUUCAAGAAUAAGAUGGUGGUGUUUUUCCAGUCAUGUCUGAACGCUUACAGAUUUUUUUGUACUGAAUUGUACUUCACGCAGAGGCUACAUAGUGUUCAACGGGUUUUGCAAAGCAUGUUGGAAACGAAGAUAGCAGUACAUGCUGCACUAAACACAACUCAACAAGCCGAAGCUGUUCCGAAGUAGUUAACGAGAAAGAAAACGCAAAUAGACCAAGGACAACCUCACGUGACCUCACUACCAACAUUUAUAUUUAGCGGAAUUGUAAGGAGAUUAGGUUAUAUGUUUUAUCAACAAACUGAACAGUCAAGAUGUUUAAGAUGUAACAAAGUACAGUAGAUAUAAAAUUAUCAAUUAAUCAAGAAUAUUCUCUAGUCCAAAAAUACAUUAAGUACACAAAUGAUGAAUAAUAUAAAAUACGAAUAAUUAUGUACUUAAAUUAAGUUUCCAUAUUAUAGGUUAUGGAAUGAGCCUACAUGGGCACUGUGGCCUGUGCGUAGACUCGAGUUGAAAUUUCAAGUAGGUAUAGUGAAUCUUUAUGAAGGGGGAGAAGGAAGAGAGCCAAAAUUAAUCAAUAAUUCAUGAGCGUAAUUUCAUUCAAAUGAAUUUCAUAGUUUUGUAUCGUAGAAAGACUCCAAAAAAAACAGUGAAAAUUGACAGUAAUCGGCUUGAGAUAACAGUAAAAGUUGCAACAUAAAUUCCUUAUACCAUGGGAUAUCUACUUACGCUAUUGUUUCUCUAUGGUAAUAGGCUAUAUCAAAUAAUAAAUAUAUUAUUUUUGCAAUUACUAUAACCUACUAUUAGCUAUUACUAUAUGAAAAAUUACUCAUAUCUACUGAUAAUAUUCAAGCAUAUUAUAAUAUAUGGUUUAAAGAAUUUAUCUUUUUUCUACCUGUAUGAACUAGUGACCCUCUGUGUCGAAUAACUCGUUCAAGAACUGUUGCAUUGUAAUCUGUGAAACCCGCAACUUUUAAUUAUAUAUGAACGGCACAAUUUUAGAGACUAUCAAUGUCACACAGUUGCAUAGGAAAGAACUAUGUGAACUAUCGGCUUGUGAUAACAGUAAAAGUUGCGACAUAAACGCCCUAUACCAUGGAAUAUGUACUUAUGCUAUCGUUCUCUAUGCUAUUACUAAAUAUGUUUUAUAGAAUGCGUAAAUUAUUGAACUAUGCAGAUUUUUCUAGAAUUUUCAUUCAUCAAUUUCUUUGAAUUUUUAUUCUGGAAUAUAUCACAUAGUGGCUGAUGAUUUCGCAACAAAUUUAUUACUGUCUUUAUAUUUCUUUACUAUCAAAUUCAUUACAAGUAAACAAAUGAUCUAGAAUUGUAAUUAUGUUGAUACUAUUGAAAGGAAAUGAAUAAAUUAUGGGGGUUUGUGUUUUCCUCGUGAUUUAUUUAUUAUUUGAGUUUAUGAAUUUUGUACUCAGAAAUAAAUGGCUGUCUAGCAAGUAGUCAAAUAGAAAAAAGCAUGAAAUAAUUUUUCUGAAUACCAAAUUUCCAAUAAGUUACAAUUUAUCCAGAAACGAUACUGUAAAGAAGAAUUUCAUUUGACUCGAAUUUUCAAUUAUGGACCAAUUAUAUGAAUAGAUCAAAUGGUAAUUUAAUUAUUAUUAGAUUCAGUGUUUCAUUUUGAAUUGAAAAAAAUGUAUACCGUAACAGUAAUUAUUGAUGGAGCCUCAUUUAAUCAUUGAUGAAAAUAAAUCUGGAGGGAACUCAUUA